CGACCUCGUGUGGGAUUAACAACAGCUGUUGGCUCAGUUGUUUCGUAUGGCUCGCGAUCGUCAUAGUCAAACGGUACGUUGUCGCGUUAUGUUGUCUCGACGGUGAAGUGAAUUUUAAUUUCGUCUUCGUUUUCAUUUUCGUUUGUGAAUGCAGCAGGCGGACAGACGUACCGACGGCAAGCAGACGACAAUAAAAAAAAACAUAAACUUAAUCACAAGUGUUUAAAUUAUUUGUGUCAAUUGCAAUUCAACCAUAAACGAUCGUUUAUUUGUUUGUUCGUUCGAUUGUUUAACGGUAAUUCUGCGGCUGCAUUUCCCCUCUCUGUUUCCGAUCGGACACAGUGCGUGCGCGAUUAGCAGACGUCAUGUUCCUUAAGUGUCGCAAUUUGGCAAUACUGCUGUUGAUUUUAGUGAAUUUAGUUGCAAAUUGCCAGUGUGGCGGUAAAUACAUAACACCCGCGAUCUCCGAUUAUGAGGAUGAUCUAAUGUCCCCGGCAUCACGUGUUGUCUAUACAAGUUCAGCCUCCGCAGUGUCGUCUCUCGGCAACACCGGCGAAGAAGACGAUGAAGACCAUCCGGGUCCAAUAUCUUGCGAAAUACCGAAUGAAGAUAAACCGGGUGUGUGUUUAAAAGUCAGUCAAUGCACAGCCUAUUUACAAGUUCGAAACUCAACAAAUUUACCCGCGGAAAAAGUGAAUUUCCUGAAAAAAGUACAGUGUGUCAGCAAUAUAUCGUUCGAUGAGAGUCGCGAAAACUUAGAGCCGUUAGUUUGCUGUACAGCCAACGGGCAGGAUUAUCGUUAUCCUAGUUUGCGGUUUACAAAAUUCGAAUAUCGUCGUUUCCAGGAUGCCACGGCGCGUUUUAAAAAGAAGAAACUUAAACGACGCAUACAGACGGUGGAACCAGUCGAAGGAUUUAAUUUAUGGAAUGAAUGUGGCAAACAGGUGACACAUCGGAUAUAUGGUGGUGAAAUAGCUGAAUUGGACGAAUUUCCAUGGUUGGCGUUAUUGGUUUACAAUACAAAUGAAUAUGGCUGCAGUGGAGCGCUAAUUGAUGAUCGUCACGUGCUAACAGCGGCGCAUUGCGUUAAUGGUGAGGCCUAUCGUGAGAAAAAGGGAUUAAAAUAUGUGCGUCUGGGUGAAUUCAAUGUGAGGACCGAACCGGAUUGCAUCGAAGAGCCAAACUAUUUAAGUUGUGCCGAUGCAGCCAUGGACAUGAGUGUGGAAAAAAUCACCGUACAUCCAGACUACAAGGACUACUCGUUUAACAAACUAGAUGAUAUAGCGGUGAUACGGCUCAAAAAUCCAGUUUCUUUUACACAUUUUGUCAUGCCAAUUUGUUUGCCGAACAGAACCGAGGAUAGUCCAUUCGAAAAGGAUCAAAUGUUUUCCGUAUCUGGCUGGGGCCGAACAGACUUCUUCAAUAAAUAUUUCGUCAAUAUUCCCAGUCCAAUAAAACUCAAGUUACGCAUUCCGCUGAUGCCACGUGAGAACUGCACCAAAGUUUUGGAUUUGUAUGGCAUACGCUUGGGCCCCAAACAACUGUGUGCCGGCGGAGAACAUGCCAAAGAUACCUGCGCCGGCGACAGUGGAGGACCGCUAAUGUUUUUCGAUCGAAAACAUUCGCGUUGGGUCACCUAUGGCAUUGUUAGCUUUGGCUUUACCCAGUGUGGCCUCACCGGCCACCCGGCAGUCUAUACAAAUGUUGCCGACUACACCGAUUGGAUACGAAAAACCAUCGAAGAUUAGUGAUUUUUCAAUUGUGUAUAGUACUUGAUGCUUACUGUUAAUUUAUAUUAUUUAUUUUAUAAGCAAUUUAUUUGUUAUUUAUAAGUAAAUCAUUUGUUAAUUUGUUUAGGAGAUUCCAAUUGUCAAGAGAUUGUAAUUUAUUUAGUAACCUUGUAAAUUCUUUUCAAUUUAUUAUUGUAAAUAAAAUUUAAAUACAUAAUUAGCCAACAGUUUUAAAGUAUGAUGUACGAAAUAUUGAGAUAUUAAUGUAAUUAGCGUAUAACUCACAAAUUCAAGAAUAAAAAAGAC